AUGCGCCUCCUAUCGGGUCUUGGUGCAUCUAUACUUAUACAUUCGACUGAUACAGUGCCAACUACUGUGAACACAUUGGAGGACUUGAAGAAGAAGAUAAUGCUAGUGCGGUCCAAACACGAUAAGCAGCCGAGGAAGCUGCCCAUUCCAUCCCGGGGUCGGAAGCCUAUAGCAAGGGCUAAGGGUAGGGGUCCUCUACGCAAGCCGGACCACACUUGGCGAGAUGGAGAUCCCUACGUGUUCCAUGCACCGAGGGUUCAGGGUGUACGAGAGCAAUUGCCAGUCCCUACUGAUCCUGAGAUACGUGAUAGGUACCCUUGGUGGUGGUCAGCACUUGCCCCGCCAGACAAUGAUAAUGCUACACCCCCUCAGCGUAGAAAGCAGACAUCUCCAGUAUCUACUAGGAAAGACAACGAUCGGGCCAGCACUCUAGGCACCGAGCUACAUUUUUCGUCAUCCACCCUGGGUUCGAGGACGAGGGCGUAUCUAGAGGAAGAGCUCUCACGACCGCUGAGUGGCGUUACUGACAUAUUAGAUGGUAGUGUAUCAGGAGGCACCUAUCAGACGGCAGAGGAGGGUGAUGGGUCGAUGUGCUGCAGCGGAGGGGUUAGAGGAUGGAGACUCGAGAUGGAUCCAAUGGAGUUUAAUGAGGACAAGAGUAGUACUCGGAGGCCGCCACUCUCGGAGUCCGAAGAGGAUGUAAAAACAGAGCGGGAUGUGGAGAGUGAUGAUAUCCAGAACAUCCCAGCACCGUCCAUACCUUGCAGUUCACCGACACUGACGUCUGCUCCUGGGAGCGAAUCUUCCUUGAUGGAGAUUAUUGAUAAUUGGCAGCAGGAGUUAAGGGACUUGCGUCGCCACACUCGACCAGCCCGUCCACGGGUAUCUCCUCGCACCACCACCACGGUACGGUCCGCCACUAAGAGUAAUAUCUCCGUACCUUCAGUAUCAUCCUUCUCUUCGCUGAGCAUGGAUUACUAACAAUAAUUCAUCGAGCAUU